GACGAACAUUCGAAGGUGGAAAUGCUUCGAGCUAUUUAACUGUAUAAGACAGGACACAUUCCCGUACCAGGAAUAUCAUGCCACAAUCGCCAUGCACGCAUACCCUAGAGUAAACUGAGCCCUAUCAAGUAUCUGCUUACCUCUUAAUUCGACACAAUUCCACCGCAACGCUACGUCCACGGAACGACGACGAUGGACACAGACUACUCCACAAUCAAGCUUACGGAGUUGCUCCGACACCCAGAUGACCUCGACAAAAUAUCGGCUCUCAAGUCUGAGUUCCAACGCAAGAAGUCAGCUAUUGACUCUCAACUUCGACUAGGACUGCAGGAACAGCUUUCAAUAACCCAGACUGGCAUCGGGUCUAUCAAUGAAGGGCAGCGAACAAUCGAAGCAAUUAGGACCGAAAUGCAGAAGAUUGACAAGCUGUGUGCUGAAGCCCAAAAUAUGAUCAACGACUUUCCACAUAUCAACCUAGUUGCUCAAACGCACCGCAAUUUUUCACUAGUCGAGGAGAUGAAGAAUAUCAUUGAAACAUUUGCACUGCGUCUGGAGAAUAUCGAGAGGAUGCUUAAAGAGGAUGAUACCAUGUUAGAGAGCCAGCCAAAUCUCCUCCAAAUCCAUUACGAGCUUACACAGCUGCGAGAUGCAAAAGAUGCUGCCCUGGAACAAGUGAAAGAACAUGAAGGCGGUCAGGAGUUAAUUAAUAACUUACAACUUCCCUACGGAGGCACACUUCAGGAUUGUUUCAACAGACUUUCUGAAUGUGUGGAAUGGUUUGACGAGCAUAUUGGCCUGGUUUGCAUCAAUUUGGUACAGUUAGUCCAACAAAGCAAUGAUAGCUUGGUUGUGCGACUAGCUACGAUCAUACACGAAGAAGAGAAGAACGAUAAGAAAGCCAAAGCACUCCAAGAUGCUCAGCAAGAAUACAAGGAAAUUGCCUCGCGUUUCAAAGCCAUCACCAGUGGCAAGAAAGAAGUUCGUGGCUACAAGGAGAAAUUCAUAAAAGCUAUCGAAGCGUAUGCCGAGAAUCAGCUUGACGAGUCCAACCAGGCCUUUGAAGAGGACCCUGAAAAUAUUGACAAGUCCUUCCGAUGGUACUUCAAUGACCUGAUCGCUGUCAAGCAAGGUAUGCAACGGCUGAUGCCAAAGAAGUGGAAGAUUUUUCAAACAUACGUGCAAAUAUAUCACAAGCAACUGCAUGACUGGCUUAUUUCACGAAUUGAUAGCCCCGAUCUACGCCCUCCCCAGAUUCUUGCAAUUGUUAACUGGGAAGAAAAGUACUACAAAAAAAUGGCUAAGCUUGGUGUAAGCGACGACUGGAUGCGUCCGCAUUUGAUAGACUCUCGUGGGCCUGAUCUUAUUCGUGAGUAUCGCCAGCUCAUCGUCAGGACCGUCGAUGAAUGGAUGUCACGUAUGCAAACAACCGACACAGCCAACUUCACGGCCCGUGACGAGAAUGCUCUGGACCAAGAUGAGAACGGAGGAUUCCGUACUAAAACACUUUCUGACAUGUGGCGUAUGUUACGCGAACAGCUGGAAGUAGCCAAGACAUCAAAAAGAACAGAUAUCCUGGAAGGCGUUAUUGAAGCAAUGUUUCGCGCUCUCCAAUCGCGGCAGCGCAUGUGGGAACAGCUUGUUGAUACCGAACUAGCCAAAUACUCGGAGAGCAACAGUAGCUCUGAAGGCUACCAAGGGCUGCAAGAUUGGCUCAUUGCAAUCGCAAAUGACCAAGUAGCAUGCAUAGACGAUGGAGAUGGCUCUGAGGCAGCGCAAGGAUAUCUUACUCGCUUCGCCAAUGAGAUUUCCCCAGUACUUUCGCCUGAGUACGCACCUAAGGCUGCACAACAAAUCGAGAGUCUGCGAGAAGGCUACAUAGACCUAUCGACGCAUUGCUUGUCUGCAUUCGCAACACUCGUAGUGCUUAUAGAUUUCAGGCCAUUGCUUCCCGAGUUCUUCACGCCAGCUUGGUACGGCAAGAAGGGCAUGGGCCAAGCUAUAUCCACAUUCGAGGACUACCUUUCUGAUUAUACGCCUGUUCUUCACCCCCUAUUACAGGAUAUACUCGCUGAGGAACUAAGCACCGAACUUCUCAUCAAAUAUCUUUCCGCAGUUCACAACAAGGGCGCCAAGUUCAGACGUACGGAUCCGUUUGUGGACAAAAUCCGUGACGAUGUUGUUACAGUUUUCAAUUUUUAUGAAAACUUGCCCUGUGGAGAUGCGGUCAAACAAAAGUGGCGAGCUGUAGAAUGUUUAGUUGAUUUGCUUGAAGUUGAAAAAGCUAGUGUGCCUGACGUCUACGAAAGUGUGAAGCGAGGAUAUUGGGAUGUCGGCAUGGGAUGGGUGGAGGCAUGUUUACGUGCACGUGAUGACUUCGACAGGAGCUUACUUAGCGCAGUCAAGGCUAGAGCUGGAGCGAUUGAGGUCGACAGAGGUAUGCCUACAGUUAUGGAAAAGGUCAAAUGAUAGACUCCUAGGGGUAGAGCUGCCAUGAUCUGUGUAUAAUACCCCGUUAUUUUCGAACGAAAUGAGAUACUCUCACACACGCUUUAAUAUCUUAUCAUAGUAUACAAUCC